AUGAAUCACCCAACAAUCCGAAUUUAUUGCCUGUGCAUCUACCUUGUAUUCCAACAGAUAUUGGACCGAUCUCACAAUCGUCCAUCUCUUGUCUCGUCCUCCAUCUCAAGUUCCACGGCCGCCACCACCUCUUCUCCAAGCUCAUCGACCAUCCCACCUCCGACCACCAAGACUUCUCUCCCCGCCAUCACCACUUUUCUGGCAACAUUGAGUUUCCUGGUCCCAUUGCAGUCGUGGGUAAAAUCGUUUGCCCCUUCCCCCACCACCUCCACCUCGACCACUGACUCCUAUGCCGCCGCCAUCUCGUCUUCUCCGCCGGGAUCUUCUGAUCCUUCUUCGUCCACCGGAUCUUAUCUGAGAAAACCCUCUGUUUUCCAAAAAACAUUGGAAGCGGUGUUCCGUGGAGGAAUUACUGGGUGCAUGAGCAUGAUGAUCGUUUAUCCGACGGAGCAAGUGAAGACGCUCUCCCAGCUCCUCAACAAAGAUGGAAAGCCGGUGUUCAAUGGUCCAGUAGAUGUCAUCCGCAAGACGCUGAAAGAGAAAGGAGUGCGCGGACUGUACUCAGGAUUGCCAAUCUUGUUGAUUGGGAACUUCCCAGUGACUGGAUGCAGAUUUGGCACGUUUGAAGGAUUGAAAGGCAUGGUUUCCGGAGACAACAACAAAUUAACCUUCAUCCAAUCUCUUCUCUGUGGACUUGGCGCGGGAGUCUCUGAAGCGAUUUUUGCCGUCACCCCGAUCGAGGCUCUCAAAGUCAAAUAUUUGGAAGACCGAAGACUCGCAAAGCCAGUCUACCGCAACUUCGUCCAUGCAGCAACAUCAAUCGCGAGAAGUCAAGGAAUUUCCGGGCUCUACAAAGGCGUCAGUGCCACUGUGAUGAAACAAGGAUCCAACCAAAUGGUACGCUUCUCGGUUUUGGAGUCCCUCAAGAACCUCUACACGAAUGGAAACGAAUCCAAAGAUAUUCCUACUCCGAUUAUUGGUGUUUUCGGAGUUAUUGCUGGUGCUGCAUCGGUCUACGCCAACACGCCAGUGGAUGUGGUCAAGACGAGACUCCAAGGAGCCAAUGCGGCAGUCUACAGCUCCACCACGGACUGCAUCAAGCAGAUAAUCAAGAACGAGGGUCCAAAGGCGUUCUACAAAGGGACCGUGCCAAGGCUGACACGUGUCUGCAUUGACGUGGCUUUUCAGAAUAUGAUAUUUAAGGAGCUCAAUCCUAUUCUGAAGGAAGUCUUCAAUAAAAUCUUUUAA